GUAAAACCUUGUUUCUAUUUAAAUAUUAAUUUUGUAUUAUUUGUACAUAAACAAAAUUCAAUUCAAAUUUGGUAAAUCCUGCAAAAUUUUCAUACACAAAUAAUUGUGCUUUUUUAAAAUUUAUUUAUUGGAUAAAAAACCUUACAUACUUCCUAGUUUUCAUCAGCUAGGAUCAUGUGUUGGUGAUGCAUAACAUCUGUCUCUUACACACUUUGGUUAUCCCUAGUUUAUAAAUUGUUAAAGUACACAUUAAAUAUAUACCGAUCAACAAAAUUCCAAAACAAAUUACCUAAGAUGACAGAUAAGGAAUUUGAUUUUUUGUAUGAAUUUGCGAAGAAGCUAGUCAUGAAACUGGUCUCAUACAAAGAAAAGGCUCUAGGUUCUCAGUGGCUGAAUUUCCUCAAAAACACAAAAAGCGAGUUGAGGACCAACUACUUGAAAGUGUUCAUAGUUUGCGCUCACAAGCAGAAGUUAAAUGGUUUAUUCGCCGAGCCUCCACCAACGGAUCUUUCUCAGCUCAAAGAAUCGCCAAAUCUGUACGAAUUUGGCAAGAAAUAUUUAUUAACACAUUACAAUACUCUGCAAUGCGAUACACCAAUUGUUUCUACUUUAUCGGGGGAUAGGAAAGAAUACGCAGCAGCCCAGGUCAUCCCCAACCUCGGAGUGCAAAUGUAUUACACAACAUCUGAAACUCCGUUAGAAGCAGUACACGAUUAAUGUCAAACUCAAGUAAAACCAUUAAACCCAAUAUGUGUCACA